AUGGCGACGGUACCGACUGGCGAUCCUCACGACAAUAUAGAAGUGACCACGAAAGCUGAUGGAACAGUUGCUUUAACUGGUAAUGAAGUUCCACUAAAUAUUACUGAUGCUGAUUCACUUUCAUUUCGUGGCAAGAUUAAAAAAAUGGCCAAUGAUGCUAUGGCUAAUAAUCCAUAUUUUGCAGCAGGUGGGGGGUUGAUGCUUCUAGGUUCUGGGCUGGCCAUCGCUCGUUCAGGUUUUAUCAAAUUGAGUAGGGUUGUAUAUACACAAAUGAUUGUUGAUUUAGAGAUUCAAUCAAAGGAUAAAUCAUAUGCGUGGUUUCUGACUUGGAUGGGACGAUACCCAAAACGUAUCUCGAAACACCUAUCGGUCAAUACAAAUUAUAUUCAACAUGAUAAUGGUGCUAUCACCACCAAAUUUUCCUUAGUUCCAGGUCCCGGAAAUCAUUGGAUCAGAUAUAAAGGCGCAUUUAUCUUAAUUAAAAGAGAAAGGUCAGGUAGAAUGAUAGAUAUUGUAAAUAGUUCACCUUAUGAGACUGUAACUCUUACCACAUUAUACAGAGAUAGACAUCUUUUCGAUGAUAUUUUGAACGAGGCCAAGGAUAUUGCAUUAAAGACUAACGAAGGGAAAACUGUCAUUUACACGUCAUUUGGUCCUGAAUGGAGGAAAUUUGGCCAACCAAAGGCUAAGAGGGCAUUACAAUCCGUGGUUUUAGAUAAAGGUAUCAAAGAACAAAUUGUCAAAGAUGUAAAUGAAUUUAUGCAUAAUGGUAAAUGGUAUUCCGACAGAGGUAUUCCUUAUAGAAGAGGAUACUUACUGUAUGGUCCCCCAGGGUCCGGUAAGACAAGUUUUAUCCAGGCAUUAGCAGGUGAACUUAACUACAAUAUUUGUAUUUUAAAUCUUUCUGAGAAUAAUUUAACAGACGAUCGAUUGAACCAUCUAAUGAAUAAUAUGCCUGAAAGAAGUAUAUUACUACUUGAAGAUAUUGAUGCCGCAUUCAAUAAGAGAAGCCAGUCUGAUGAAAACGGAUUUCAGUCCAGCGUAACAUUUAGUGGAUUAUUGAAUGCCUUGGAUGGUGUAACAUCAUCUGAAGAAACAAUUACUUUUAUGACUACAAAUCAUCCUGAGAAAUUAGAUGCAGCAAUAAUGCGUCCCGGCAGAAUUGAUUUCAAGGUCUAUGUAGGGAACGCUUCGUUAUUCCAAGUAAGACAUAUGUUCUUAAAAUUCUACCCUGGCGAGCACGAAAUAUGUGAACAAUUCCUAUUGAAGUUUGAAAAACUCAAGAUAUCAGUGAGCACAGCCCAAUUACAAGGACUAUUUAUUAUCAAUAAGGACAAACCUACAGAAGCAAUUGAAAUGAUUGAUAUAUUGUCUUCAUCAAACACAAUUACUCAACCCCACCAACAUGUCUUGUAA